UACCUGCCAUCUUCUGUUUGAUAGGUAUGAGGGUUGCAUGGAUGUGACAGACAGUGAUCAUAAGCCUGUCCGCUGCAUCUUUGCUGUUGAUAUUGCACGAGUUGAUGAAUCAGUUAGGAGACAGGAGCUUGGAGAGAUUCUUGGAACAAAUAAGAAAGUCAAAGCUAUACUUGAAAAACUGUGCAAGAUUCCCGAAACGAUCAUCAGCACAAACAACAUAAUUCUUCAAAACAAGGACACAUCGAUCUUGCGUAUUACUAAUAAAUGUGGGGAAAGAGAUGCAUUAUUUUAAAUCCUUUGUGAAGGACAAACUAUCGUUAAUGAGGAUGGGCUUGCAUCAGAUCAUUGUCCUAGAGGCUCCUUUGGCUUUCCUCGUUGGCUUGAGCUGGCCUGGUGGUUAUUUCUUACCUCUAAAUCAGACCCGACCUUCCUGUUUUACACUUCUACAACAGAUUGCUUUGUGGACACACUCUUUAGCUCUUUUGCUAGUAUUUAACGUCUAUCUUUUUUCUUUUUACCAGUAUGAAGUGAACGGAAAAGUGGCUGAUUCAAUGCUUGUUAAUACCAUAUUGAUGCUGGUGUAUGUUACUAAGUUUUUUUGGUGGGAAGCUGGAUACUGGAGCACAAUGGAUAUUGCACAUGAUCGAGCUGGUUUUUAUAUUUGCUGGGGAUGCCUUGUAUGGGUGCCUUCUAUAUAUACUUCUCCUGGCAUGUACCUGGUCAAUCAUCCCGUACACCUUGGAACUCAGUUGGCACUCUACAUCCUAGUAGCAGGCAUUCUUUGCAUAUACAUCAACUACGACUGUGAUAGGCAAAGGCAAGAGUUUCGCAGAACAAAUGGCAAAGCUUUGGUUUGGGGUAAAGCUCCAUCAAAGAUAACUGCCACUUACACUACCACAACUGGGGAAACAAAAAGCAGCAUUCUUUUAACUUCGGGAUGGCUUUACCCUACUUUUAUGUGGUGUUUCUUACAAUCCUUCUCCUCGGCCGGGCGAAAAGGGAUGAUGAUCGGUGCUGAUCCAAGUAUGGAAAAUACUGGAAAUCGUACUGCGAGAAGGUUCGGUACAGGGUCAUCCCUGGAAUUUACUGAGAAAAUGUUGCACAAGUGUUUGUUCUAUGUUGAGAAUGGCAUGUAUAUUCAGCCUUUCCAAAUUAAAUGAUGGCAGGCUGGUAUCAUGUUGUUGUUAUUGUUGUUUUUGUAAUGGUCAACUUUAUGGAUGUUGUAUUUCUCUCAUCUUCAAUGACCAAAAACUUUUCUUGUUUAGGAAAA